CUAACACAAUUAAGUUGAUUGAGCCCUAAUUUUUAUUCACAAAAAGAAAGAACCUAACUGAAGCAGCUGUUUAAGUAAGCCCUAGCUACCUAGGAGUGAGUAGAUCUGAAGGUGUUGGACGAAGAAUAUGCCGAAGAGAACGACUCACACGUACUCGAGCGAGGAUGCCUUACCAGAUGGUCCUGAUUCCGAUCUCUUCGUCUACUACUGCAAGCAUUGCAGCUCUCACGUGCUAAUCACCGAUACCCAAUUGCAGAAAAUGCCUAAAAGAAAAACCGACAAAGCCUAUGUCUUGGAUAAGAAAAAGCAUCUUACAAGGCUGAACAUAAACCAGGCAGGAGGAAAAGUUCUUCUAAAGCGGGGUGAAGGCAAAUUAGAAAAACAGUUUCGCAUGAACUGCAUGGGGUGCGGUCUCUUUGUUUGCUACCGCUCUGAAGAAGACUUGGAAUCUGCUUCUUUCAUAUAUGUUGUUGAUGGUGCACUCAGUACCGUUGCUGCAGAAACUAACCCACAGGAUGCUCCUGUACCACCGUGCAUUUCUCAGUUAGAGGGAGGACUCGUCCAGGUGGCGAUUGAAGUGGAAGACCGUGCUCAGCGGUCAGCAAUUACAAGAGUGAAUGCUGAUGAUGUUAGAGUCACUGUGGCUGCGCCUGCAGCACGUGGGGAAGCUAACAAUGAACUUCUAGAAUUUAUGGGCAAGGUUUUAGGGUUAAAACUAAGCCAGAUGACCCUCCAAAGAGGGUGGAAUAGCAAGUCUAAGCUCCUCGUGGUGGAAGAUUUGACAGCUAGAGAGGUAUAUGAGAAACUGCUUGAAGCUGUGCAGCCUUAAAUUCAAUCACUCUGUGAUUUUAAAUCACUUGUUUUUUUCUUGAAUGUACUCUCAAUGUGGGUGGCCUGUCAUCAGACAUUAAUCAUUUCCGACUACUGGAAUCUGAAUGAAUCAAUGAAGUGCAGUUAGAUUUACAAUUUAUAAA